UUAAGCAUUACAUCAAGCGUAGUCUAUUCAUCUUGAAAUAUGAAGUGACCAUUAUAAACUAUCAUUUUUUUAAAUAGUAGUUUCCUCUCAAAGUACCUUUGUUAUCUAAAGGUACAAUACAGCCUGUUAUAUUCCGACCUAUCACUUCGCGAUCAUGGCGCCGGAUAGAGGAAGUACAAGUGUCCAAGAUUUGGAUCCUUCUCCGUAUCCGCUUGAGACCGAGGAGGAAACCAAGUAUCUUCCGGAGGGCCGACAUUUUACGCUUCGGGGUAUUGCCGCUGGUCUACUCGUCGGGUUGAUAAUAUGUUUCAGUAAUAUGUACUUCGGGCUACAGACCGGUUGGAUUUCUAUGAUGACGAUGCCUGCAAGUCUGUUGGGCUUCGGUAUUUUUAAGACUCUGUCACGCCAUCUAGCAUUUCCCUUUUCCCCGGUAGAAAAUGUGCUUGUGCAAUCCGUAGCAGGCGGAAUGGCAAUCAUGCCUCUUGGCUGCGGAUUCGUAGGUGUUAUACCGGCUAUGGAAUAUAUGAUGGACUCAUCAGAACAAGGUCCGAUAAAAUUAAGCAUGUGGAAACUCAUAAUUUGGUCUCUGGGCCUUUGCUACUUCGGUGUAGUUUUCGCUGUUCCCUUGCGCCGUCAGGUGAUUAUCAGAGAGCAGCUGAAAUUUCCAAGCGGUUUCAGUACCGCUGUACUCAUUGGAGUCCUCCACGGUAAAGGGCAGACUCAGAACAGCGGUGUUCUUGAUACUUCGAAAGCCGCUACAUUCGGUAGUCUAGCGCGUGAAAAUCAACCUCUUCUACGAACUGAAGGUGCUGAUGGAGAGGGUAAUGUAGCUGAUUCGGAUGAUGGACUACCACCGAUUGAGACGACAAAGGCGUACAAUUGGAGCUCUAAUAUCCGGCUGCUUUUAAUUACGUUUGGAAUAUCAGGUUUAUACACACUCUGCACUUAUUUCUUUCCUAUACUUAGGAACCUACCUAUCUUCGGAACGGUGGCAGCAGACACUUGGCUCUGGACCCUGAACCCAAGCCUCGCGUACGUCGGUCAAGGUAUUAUAAUGGGCCCAUCCACAACUAUACAUAUGCUUCUCGGAGCGGUAGUUGGCUGGGGUAUCCUAUCUCCCCUUGCGAAAUUUCGAGGCUGGGCCCCAGGACCGGUAGAUGAUUGGGAGAAUGGUAGUAGAGGCUGGAUCGUCUGGACGUCUCUUGCUAUUAUGUUAGCAGAUGCCAUUGUCAGUCUGGGAUAUAUUACCUUCACCCCCUUUUUAAAGAAUUAUCCGUCUAUCAUCGCAGCAGCCAAACAUCAAAUUCAAUUCCAGCGUAAUAAGCUCGGCAACUUAUUGGCCCGCCAGCCCAGAGGUUACAUACCUGUACAGAGUAGUGAAGAUGACCCAAGAUCUUCGGUGGCUACGAGAACCUCACAGGAUGUGGAUAUCUUACCAAGCCCAAUGGUUGAGCGUAGAGAUCCUUUCGACACGCAACCCACCCAAAAAACUUGGGAUCAAGAUGAUGCACCUCCUGAGCAACUAGUUGGAAGCAAGAUAGUCAGCAUCGGUCUCGUCUUAUCGGUUCUCUUUUGCAUCGCUAGUAUUCAUAUCACGUUUGGUGAUCUGGUUCCUCUAUAUGCCACAGUCAUAGCCGUUCUCAUGGCGAUGGUUUUGAGCAUAAUGGGAGUUAGAGCAUUGGGCGAAACCGACCUGAAUCCAGUUUCCGGAAUUAGCAAAUUAGCACAGCUCUUCUUCGCCUUCAUCAUUCCACAAUCUCAUAAGUCAAGUGUUCUUAUUAACUUGGUUGCUGGCGCUGUGUCGGAAGCUGGUGCCUUGCAAGCUGGCGAUCUAAUGCAGGAUCUGAAGACCGGCCACUUACUUGGCGCGGCACCCAAAGCGCAGUUCUGGGGCCAGAUUAUCGGUGCGACUGUGGGUGCUGUUGUCAGUGCAUUUAUCUAUCGAUUAUACACUGCAGUAUACGAAGUUCCUGGAGAAUUGUUCCAAGUGCCCACCGGCCGCGUAUGGAUAGCUACUGCAAGAUUAGUCACUGGGAAAGGGCUGCCGGAUAUGGCCAGGAGUUACGCUAUUGGUGGAGCGAUUAUCUUUGCUAUUUUUACUGCUCUGCGUACAAAGGCCACUGGAAAGAGCUGGCAUGCGUAUAUACCUGGUGGGAUCGCCGUGGCUGUUGGCAUGUACAAUGUUCCAUCGUUCACGUUAGCAAGAACUAUUGGUGGACUGAUCAAUUGGUACUGGAGAAUAUAUCUACGAAAGGAUGAUACGCCGCUGAUUAUCCUUGCAUCGGGCUUCGUCCUUGGAGAAGGGUUUCUGAGUAUUGUCAAUUUGCUAUUACAGAGCUCCAAGGUUCCUCACCUCUGAGAAAUAUAACGCUGGCCAAUCGGGCG